ACAAUAAAAUUGUUUUCUAAUUAGUAUAGAUUUAUUAAUUAUAAUAUUAAUAAUUUAAAAUUACUAGAAAAUGCAAUUAAUAGGAUUGAUAUUAGUUGUAAUAUCAGCUAUUACUAUCCAAUUGGGACAGUCGUGUCUGUUCAAUAACUACGGUUACGAUUCGGCCGUAUGCGUAUGCAAUGACCAACAAUGUGACGGCGGUUUAGCGCCAAUACGCCGUACACGUAAGGGUGUGGUGACGGCAUACGUGACCAAUCCGUUGAGCAGCCGAUUUAAGCGAGUAUCGGUUGGCCAAAAAAUAUGGAAAGUACUGUGGGGUGGUAAAGGUGCCAAAAAACUAACCUUAACAGUGAAUUGCAAUAAAACCUAUCAGUCGAUACUGGGUUUUGGCGGUGCUUUUACCGAUGCGGCCGGUAUUGGUAUAUCCAGUCUAACACCGAGUCUACAGAGUUACCUGAUUUCCGAUUACUAUUCGGCCGAUGGUUUAGAGUAUAAUUUAGGUCGUAUACCGAUUGGUGGAACCGAUUUCUCCACUCACGGCUAUGCCUACGAUGAAGACCAUAAAGACGACUUCGACCUUAAGUACUGGAAUCUGACGGCUGAAGACUACAAAUUCAAGAUACCAUUUAUACGCGAAGCAUUGUCUAUCAGUGCUGAACCAUUGAAACUAUUUACCACCUCCUGGUCGCCCCCGGUGUGGAUGAAAAACAAUACAAAGUUGGCCGGGGGAGGGUUUCUGAAAGAUCAACCGGGUGAAAAGUAUUAUCAAGUCUAUGCCAACUAUAUUGUCAAAUUCAUUAAUGCAUACAAAUCGCUGGGUAUACCUGUGUGGGGGUUAACACCGCAAAACGAGCCGUACUUUGGUAUAAAAAAAAAUGGCUACCCGUUCAACAAUUUACAAUUCAACGGUCAAUUGCAGCGGGAUUUUAUCAAAAAAGAUCUCGGCCCAGCAUUGGUCCAAUCGGGCAAUAAGGACAUCAAAGUUAUGACCUACGAUGACCAGACACUGUGGGUUCAGGAGUUUGCCGAAGCCGUAUUAAAAGAUCCGGAGGCCAACAAAUUUGUAUCGGGUAUAGCAUUUCACGGCUAUUUCAACAAUAUUUCAGAUUUUGGCCAAUUUGAUCAAUUGCAUAAACAAUUUCCCGAUAAGUUUAUAUUGGCCACUGAACUGUGUUUGGCCAGAGACGGCGAUCCUCAUAAAGUUCAUCUGGGUGCCUGGGAAGGGGUUGAAUUGUAUGCUAAUGAUAUUAUCAAGGAUCUGAAUAAUUGGGUUAAUGGUUGGGUUGACUGGAAUCUGGCAUUGGAUGAACAGGGUGGUCCCAAUUGGUUUGGCGGGUUUGUCGACUCACCCAUUAUUGUCAACACAACCGGCAACGAGUACUACAAACAGCCCAUGUAUUACGCUUUGGCACAUUUUACCAAAUUUCUAUCACCCGAUUCGGUACGUAUUGGCCACUCGGUUAACCAUCCGAUUGAUACACUGAUGACAACUGCAUUCAAACGGCCCGACGGCGGUCGAGUUGUGAUUGUGCUCAACAAGGGUACCGAAAUAGUGGACAUGACUGUUGUGGACAAAAACACCGGCGGCCCAGGCUUUCAAUGGCGUGUUUAUCCUAAAUCGUUGCAAACAUUUAUCUAUUAUAAUAAUUAAAUAGAUAAUACAUAUGAGAUAUAAUCUUAUAAUACCCAAUGAAUCCUAUAUUAUUGAUGAU